AUGAAAGAAUUCCAUAUUAAUGAACAUCGAGUAGAUGAUAUAUGGGAAAAUCGAGAGCGCCAACAACAAAUAAUACAAAGUACCAUUUCCACCGAAAUAUUACCUAUAUCUACAGCAACUUCAUCUGAGAAUUUUAAUCAAAUUGAAAGAAAGACUUUAUAUCCAGAAUCUACCUCUCCUCUUAAUGCGGAAAUAAAAAAGAGAAGUUCCAAAUCCCGUCAUGAGCUCCGCUCUCGCAUAUCUGAUCCAAUAUCUACUAAUAACUCUGAUGUAGUAAUAUCCACACUUAAUGAAACAGAAAAAAUAAGUAGUGAAGAACUGGAUGCAUUAUAUGAAAAAGAAGCCAGAAGAGAUGAGAAAAACGAAGCAAAUAUGAUUCGCCUAUUAGCUACUACUUAG